AUGACCACAAUCAGAUGCUUAUUAGCAAUUGCCACUAAGAAAGGGUGGGAUAUUUUUCAGUUUGAUGUCAACAAUGUUUUCUUGCAAGGAGAAUUGCAAGAGAAAGUCUACAUGAAAUUUCCUAAUGUAUCUUCUCCAAUGGAUCCUUCAGUUAAGCUAUCUGCAGAUUCAGGAACACCUUUGUCAAAUCCCACCAUUUAUAGACAUCUUAUUGGAAAGAUCAACUAUUUGACUCACACUAGACCAGAUCUAUCAUUUGUUAUGUUAACACUUAGUCAGUUUAUGCAUAUGCCUACUAAUGAUCAUUACAAUGCUGGUCCAAGAGUGAUUCGUUACCUGAAGAAAUCCCAAGCCAUGGCCUCUCUUCUUUAG